AUGGCAAAACCUUAUAGACAUCGGGGACAUUGGAAAGAUAUCAGUCAUUCUGAAUCACAUCAGGUAUUUGAAAUUUCUAAGAGGAAACCCUGGAAAUUUCAACCAUGUAAUGACGCCUGUAGGAGUUUCUCUUCUGAUCAUCCUCAGGAGAGAAGUCACAAUGGAGACAGACUCAAUGAGAAUGACUCUGUGAGAGACACACAUGACCAGAAUGAUGAAGGAAUCCAUAAAGAAGUGAAACACUUUGUAUGUAAGGUCUGUGGAGAAUCCUUCAUCAAUUCCAUUGACCUUCUCAACCAUGAAAAUAUUCAUAUUCGACAGGAAAGGUACAUUUGUUGGAAAUGUGGCAAAACAUAUACAUAUGGAGAGUAUUUUGAGAGUCAUGAAGUAACUCACACAGAAGGGAAGCCUUACGCUUGUAAGCAUUGUAGAAAAAUGUUUACCAGCUCCAGUAUUCUGAAUGUUCGUCAAAGGAUUCACAGUGGAGAGAAACGUUAUACAAGUAAGCGUUAUGAAAAAGCCUUCUUUGUUGGCUCUAGUAGUCAUAAGAAACAUGAAAGAAAUCACAGUGGAGAGAAGCCAUAUGCUUGUAGGCAUUGUGGGAAACACUUUCAUCUUGCCAGAAAUCGUUACAAACAUGAACAAGUUCACACUGGAAAGAAGCCUUAUUCAUGUAAAUAUUGUGGAAAAGCUUUUACUGACUCUAGGAAUCUGAAGGGACAUGAAAGUCUUCACACAGGAGAGAAGCUACAUUCAUGUAAGCAGUGUGGGAAAGCAUUUACACGCUCCAGUACUCUCAUCACCCAUGAAAGAAUUCACACUGGCGAGAAGCCUUAUGCAUGCCAGCAUUGCAGAAAAGAUUUCAGGUACUCCAGCAGUCGUAACAUACACGAACGGAGUCACACUGCAUAG